UUCUAAAUUUUCCUUCAAAAAUUCUCGACCCACUCUCAUAUCUUCACAUAUUCCCCGCCGCCAAACAAGCUUCUCACCGCUCUCCUCCAGUGCCUCACCGGAGCCCUCUUUCUCCGGCGGACCAAGAUAUUAAAUAAGGAAGCUUCAAUGACUGAAGAAGAAAACCGAGAGUUUGAUGUUGAUGUUGAUGAUAAUGAUGAUGAUGGCUUUGAAGAUGAAAAUAAUAUACCCAACAGCCAGAAUAAGAAGAGGAAAAAGAAGAAAUUGUUGAAUGAAGGUGGUGAUGCUGAUAAUCGUGGGGUUUGUUAUUUAAGCAGAGUUCCACCACAUAUGGAUCAUGUUAAACUACGCCAAUUGCUUUCUCAGUAUGGUGAAAUUCUUAGGAUUUAUCUCACUCCUUCCGGCCAUCAACCCCAAGUAAAAGUUAAACGCCCUAGACCUUCUAAGGUUCAAGAACAAGAAUUUUCUGAAGGGUGGGUUGAAUUUGCUAGAAAAGGGAUUGCAAAGAGGGUUGCUAAUAUGUUAAACGGUGAACAAAUUGGUGGGAGGAAGAGGUCAUCGUUCUAUUAUGAUAUUUGGAAUAUCAAAUACUUGAGUAAAUUCAAAUGGGAUGAUCUUACUGAAGAAAUUGCUUACAAGAGUGCAAUUAGGGAGCAGAAGUUGGCUUUAGAAAUCUCCGCUGCCAAGAGGGAGCGUGAUUUCUAUCUUUCGAAAGUUGACCAAUCUCGUAAGCUAAGUUCAAUUGAAGAGCGAAUGAAGAAGAAGCAAAAGGUGCAAGAGGAGUCUGGAAUGAACUCCGAGCUGCCGGUUAGCCAUAAGAAGGUGAUCCGCCAAUUUCCACAGAAAAAACCAGUUGCAGUCGAUACAUCUCAAGGCAAACCGACACUCUCUAAAGAUGUUCUUGCAGGGAUAUUUUCUCAGGUUUAGUAAUCAAGGUCUAAAAGCGCUAGGUUGGCACGGCAAGUCAUAUUAUGUAGGUAUUUCUCUAUUUAUUAUUCAAUUACUUUAUGUUUCUCAUCAGGGGGUUUUGGAAAUAGAGUGAGCCUCUGAUACCCGAUUAUUCUCGAACGAAUAUUUGCUCUUAGCUUAGGUCCAUCGAACUUUUGUAGUCGUUCAACUUUUAAUCCGGAUUUACACCAAUGUAGAACAACUCUAUCCUUGUAUUUUCGAUAUGAUGAAUGUCUCAAUAAAGAAACAAGUCUUGGUUGAA